GCUGCUGCUGCUCAGGUUGCAAACCCGCAGCCCCCGGCCCUCCUUCCUGCCCGCCUCCCCGGGCGGAGAGCACCCGGCCCGGCCGCCUCUUCCCCCCUCCCCGUCCCCUUCCCUCUCCCUUCCCUUCCCUCCCGGCCCCGCUGCCAGGGGCGAAGCCGCCCGCCGGGCCCCCGCGGCCUUUUUUUCUUGGAUUUUAGUACCGGAAAACUCCCUAAUGACAACUUUGCUUAGGUCCAGUAAUAGCAACUAUUGGACAAGAGGAGAGAAUAAUACAACCUGCCUUACCGCAAGUGUGUGUGGAAUCAUACUCGUGGGAAGUUAAGGAUGACUUUCACAGAGCUGAGCAUCGUGACCUGCCCUGCUCCUCCCUGCUCGGUGUGGGAACAACCUGAAGGACAUCUUGGAGCCACCUGUACUGCUUCAUGCAGUUAAAUGCUCUGAGGUCAUGAAACUUAAUCCACAGCAAGCUCCAUUAUAUGGUGACUCUGUUAUUACAGUGCACCUGACUGAGGAAGACAAAGUUGAAGAUGAUGUAGUUUUUUACAUGGUCUUCACUGGAUCAACUGUCCAACACUGCACAAGCACGAGAAAGAUUAAUCCUGGGAGUCUGGAGACAAUUUCUCCUGGCCAUGACUGCUGUGAGACGGUGAAGGUGGUACUUUGUGCCUCUAGAGAAGGUCAUCCUGUUCUGGUUGUGGCAGAAGAGAGUUUCCAGUUUGUCCAGGAUGAAGCCUAUGAUGCCGCCCAGUUUCUGGCCACCUGUGCUGGCAACCAGCAGGCAUUAAAUUUCACUCGAUUCUUGGACCGGUCGAGACCACCUGCUGCCGACGUGGACUUUUUGGACGAGAAAGUGGCUUUGGCGUUUCGACACCUGAAACUGCCGGCAGAAUGGAACGUGCUGGGAGCGGACCAGUCCCUGAGCGAGAACAUCCCUCGGGAAACACUGAUGCAUUUUGCGGUGAGGCUGGGUCUGCUGCGUCUGACAUGGUUUCUGCUCCAGCAGCCGGGUGGAAGAGGAGCUCUCAGCAUCCACAACAACGAAGGGGCAACGCCUGUGAGCUUGGCCUUGGAGAGGGGCUACCAGAAGCUGCACCAGCUUUUGACCGAAGAGGAAGCCAGGGAACCGGACUCCUGGAGCACCUUGUCUCACACCGUGCACUCGGGGGACUACAGCGUGAAGCACCACCGCGGGCUUGAUGUUUACAUGCUGACGGCUGAAGCCAAGGAAGGGGUAGCGGCCAGCUUGGAGAGUGACAUACGGCAACUUCAGAUGCACAUGCAGAGCCACCAGCACAUGAGUUUGAGGCAGCAGACAGAGCCUGUACGGGGAGAUUCUGGAGACAGCUGUGCUAAAGCAGCAGAGCCAGAUGGUCACCUGGCCACUGCCUCUCAGAGCUUAGAAGAAAAGGCGAGCGAAGGAAGGCAGGAAAGUCCAUCUGAUCUUGUUCACCUGGACAUCGGGCAGCUCUCAGACGAAACCGACCAGAAAGAGAAAUGCGACAGCAGGAGUUUGGGGGCUUCUAAUGAUGUGCCAAAUGACUUGCUGAGCCUGGGGGAUGCAAAGAGCUCAGAGUGCCUCUGUGAAAGUAAAAAUACAGUGACGUUGAGUAAAAAGGAAGAGGAGGAGCCAACCUCUGCUGAAGCUUCUGGGACUGUAUCAGAUGAAAAAGACUGCACAGUGAGCCUGUGUGCAAGUGUAAACGGUGCCGUAAAUCUUCCAUCCCGUGGAGAUACAAAUGAGGAAGCUGGAAUGACAUCUGCUGGAGUUGGUUUGGAUCAAGCCGGCUUGUGCAGUAAAGAUAGUCCCCAUCAGGAAGUGCAAGCUGCCAAGGAGCGUGCAGCUGACAGUACUGUUACUGUGGUGGAAACUGCAGGCAAAGCCCCAGCUUCCUUGGAGGGCGUGGAUGUGGCUAUGGGCCAAACUGAAUGCAGGAACUGUACAGGGGCAGCUGAGAGGGCUGCGGGCCAGCAGCAGGUAGAGGAUGGGAUGACUGAGGCCGGUGAAAGGAGGACUGCAAACCCAGAAGAGCAAUUGUCAGCUAAGGAAGAGUCAGCCAGUGCUGCUCAGCCCUUACUCAGUGGUUUUAAUGGCACUGAGCGUGCAGAUGGGGAGGAUGCAAAUGUGGGAGUGGUACCGGCACACGACGGUACGAAUGCAGAUGGUGGCACUGGUGAUGCCUCUGUUGACCUUUGCAAGGCUGGCGAUAACAAAGAAACUGGAGUGGACUCCUGCACUGAUCAGGUAAACAGUGGCUCCUUGGAAAACCAAGGAGAUGCCCAUGUCGCAGCGAGGCAGGAUGUCACUGCGAGCGCCGGGGCAGUGUUGCCAGCAGUGAAUGGGAUGAAGGUUCCUGCAUGUGCAUCAAAGCCUGGUCCUGGUUUAGAAGUCCAUGGCAGUGGUGAGAGUGGGGAGCGAGAAGGGCAGUUGGAAGCAGGUUGCACAGAUGGGAAAUCUAGCUCACCCUCACUGGAAGACAGUGUGGAAACUGAUGGCCCUGAUGCUAAACCUGAAAACGAUGAUGUUGGUGGAUCUAAUCAAACCAGUGCAGAACCAGCGUGUUGCCAGGAGAGCGGUAAGAUCACUGAACGUGUAGCUGAAGCAAUGGAGGGCAGUGAAACCGGUGAAGAGGAGCCAGUAGGAACUGAUACCAGCAGCAGCAGAGAUGGAGGAAGCGCAGAUUCUGCAGGCGGAGGUCAGGAAGUUGCUAGCUGUCACCCUUCUGCUGAUCAAACUGUCGUUAAAGAUGAAAUGGCCGACAACUUCAAACCGGACGCUGCUCAAGAGAGUAAACACGAGCCUGCAUCGCUCCCUCCGGAGGAUGCGAGCACAUGCCUGGCUGAGAAAGAGCCAGCGCAAACCGAAGCAGAGAGCGCAGAAAGCGCUUUGGAGCAGGAGGGGCUGAGCGGUGAGAUGAAAUCACCCGCUCCCCUACCCACAGGAGGGGGACCUGCUGUGAGUCAGGAGGGAGAUGGUGCAGUGGCACCUUCUGGGCAGGAGGCAGCUCUGCAAGGUAAUGACCCUGGAUUAGCUUCGUGUGCCAAGGGCCCAGACUGUGCUGAGGGUAAUUUAAUAGGCACACCCUCUGUAGUUCAUAAUGAAGAAUCUAAACAAAACCAGGAAGCGGUGGCGGUGGCAGGCUCGGCAGAGCUCGCCCAGCAGCGCGGCGGGGAGCAUGGCAGGGUAGCUGCCAGAGCUGGCUGGCCUGGGGACCGUGCGGGGGAUGAGGGCUCUCCAGAGCAGAGCCUCUUGGAGCAGGCUGAAGAAGGCAAAGCUGAACCUGAGCAGGAGGCUUGCGCAAGUGGCAGGGAGCAGGUUUUGUCAGAGGAACUUCUUGCUGCUGUUGUGAAACCCUCUGACUGCAGUCAGGGGGAGCCUGUGGCAGGCAGCAGCGAUGUGGACGCUGGGCUGAAAGGGAUAGUCCAUGACAAAGUGUGCGAGACGGCGGCAGUGAAUGCAGAAGGCACCAUGCACGGACCUGCGUCGGCAGGUGAGUCACCGGGUGCGGAGAGCGACUCUUGUCUGGAUGCGAGUCUGAACCAAGAACAUGAUCCCGGUCAAACCCAACAGCAGAUCUCCCCGCAGAGCAGCACCCCCGAAUUAAAGGAUGCUUCAGAAGUGGGAGCCCCAAGUGAUGCCUGCGAGGGUAAGGAAGCAUUAAGGCCAGUGACAAUAACCCCCAUUGCAGCGUAUCCGGAGGAGCAGGAGGAUACGGAAAGCGUGCUUCCCCGGGCAGCACUUCAGCCCAUUGCAGAAGAGCCCACGUGCGACAGCGACUCCAGCACCGACACCGUUUGUCUGGCUGGUGAGAGCAAUGCUGGUCCUGCUGCUAAAGCAGCUCAGGGGGAGGUUUUGGCUGAGCCCGAUGGAAAGCAGAGCCAAGCUGUACCCGAAUCGCCCUCCUUGCUGUGUUCGUGCCAUUUGCAUGCUGUUGAGUCCCUGGAAAAUGUGGGAGUGAAGAGUUUGGUUUUGGCAGACGAUGGCUCUUCUCUGGAUAAAGUUCCUAAAAUGGUAAAAAGUUUCGAUGCAGUGGUUUUUGCAGCAGAGACACCUUGUUCCCCUGAAUUACCUGCCACAGAAAAAGUGGGGCUUGAGCCCCAGGCUGCGGUGGAUGUGGGAGCCAGCCUUAAUGGAGAAAUGGAUUUAAGUUCCUCGGCAAAGAAGAGGACUGUCAGCCUGGCAGUGCAACGAGCUGAGUCUCUUACAGGGAAGUUGGAAAUGAAAACUGAAGACGGGGUGGAUUUUCCGAAAGAUCACGACGAGAGCGCGGCCCGCGAGGAAGCAAUAAACCGUGAAAGCUGGUGUUCACUGGAGCCAUGUCCCGAUUCUUCCCUGCUGGAACGCAAGCGGACGCGGGAGUCAUCAGAAUGUGAGAAUUUCUUGGAGGAUGGGCUGAGUAGCGUCUGUGCCUCGUCACAGGGUGUCCUUAAAAGAGAGUCCGGGAGCGAGUCUGACCUCUUCCCCUUGCCUGGUGAUGGGAUGGAAGACCUUGUCUUUGGAAAGCAGCCUGAGGAGGAGCAGUCUGCAUGUGAUGUCACCAGCUCCAGUUCCUCUGCCGAUGACACCAUGUCCCUGGAGAGGAACUCAUCCCUGGGCAGUGACAUAUUCCUUCCCUUCCCGCCGAUGGUGAACUUCGUCCAGCCCAAGGACAGGCACAGCCUGGAUGGCAGCUGCACAAACAUGGUGGCCGCAGAGGGAGGAGAGAAGGAAGAGGAGCUGGACAGUAUCACGGAUGUGCCCACCCAUUCCUCCAUCUUACGAAACUCCAUGCGGCCACUGUCACCUUUCCGUCGACACAGUUGGGGGCCAGGGAAGAAUGCCAGCAAUGAAGCAGAAAUAAAUCAGAGGAGUUCAAUGCGAGUUCUGGGGGAUGGUAUAAAGAAGCCUCCCAUUCAUAGGAGAAGUUUGAGCUGGUGUCCCUCUGGCGUACAGUUCGUUGCCAUGAUUCCUGACUUUACUUGUAGAAGUUACAGCCUAGAAGGCCUUGCUGGAGACUCUGGUGAGAACAAGAAGCCCUCUACAAACUUGGAGGCUUCUUCUCUGAGCUCCAAAGACCUCAGAGGGAGUCCGCUUGCCAGCAAUCAGUGUGGGUCCCUGGUCUUGCUCACUGAAGACCUCGAGCAAAGGAAAAUCAGAGACUAUGAUCACCAGAUGCGUCAGACAUCGCAACCGCAAGGAUUUAAUUUCUGUUCUUCUGCUGUUUCAUCUCCACUGACCAAAUCUAUGUCUCUAAUGUCAAUUAGUAAACCGGUGCUGGACAGUACGCAGGCGUUCAGCGGCCCCACGGGUUCCUCGGUUCAGAGCAUAUCUGAAGAGAGCAGCAGUGACCGCUCUAAAGGUGGAACAAAAGUCAGUCGCACCUUCAGCUACCUCAGGAAUAAAAUGUCCAGCAGCAAGAAGAACAAAGAAAAAGAGAAAGAUAAAGAGAAAACUAAAGAGAAGGACAAAGAUUCCAAGGAGAAGGAAAAAGAUAAGAAGCUGUUAAAUGGACAUCACUUCACUGCAACGUCUGUUGUAGCCCAAGCAACUUGUUACCACUGUAUGAAACCUUUCAAUAAGGAUUCGUACUACUGUGCAAACUGCAAUGCAAUUGUUCACAAAGGCUGUAAGGAGAGUUUUGCUUCUUGUGCAAAGGUCAAAAUGAAGCCUCAGAGAGGGAUGCUGCAGGCACAUGAUACCUCUUCAUUACCCACAGUAACCAUGAGAAACAAAAGCUCACAACCGAAGGAGCGCCCUCGCUCUGCAAUACUCGCUCCUGAUGAGAACACCGUAACCUCCAUGUUCAGUAACAGGAGAUCACAACAGCCUACAGCACUUUCGAAAAGUGUCUCAAUACAGAACAUUGCAGGAGUGGGGAAUGAUGACAGCUUAAUACACACUUGGAAAUUCCUGUCACAGUCAACAGACUCCUUACAUAAAAUCAGCCGGGUGAAUGAAUCCAUGGAGUCACUGGUUGAUGAGGGUGCAGACAUGAAUGAAGGACAGCUGAUGGGAGAUCUGGAAUUAGAUUCCAAGCAGCUGGAGGCAGAGUCAUGGAGCCAAGUAGUGGACAGCAAGUUCCUACAGCAGCAAAACAAAGACGUUGUCAAACGGCAAGAUGUCAUUUACGAGCUAAUGCAGACAGAAAUGCAUCAUGUCCGCACCCUGAAGAUCAUGAACGAUGUAUACAGCGCAGGGAUGUUAAAGGAACUGCAGUAUGAUCAACAAGUUGUAGACAAGAUCUUCCCCUGCCUGGAAAACUUGCUGCACAUCCAUAGUCACUUCUUCCAGCGGAUUCUGGAAAGGAAGAAGGAGUCGUUGGCAGACAAAAGCGAAAAGAACUUUGUUAUCAAGAGGAUAGGUGACAUCCUAGUGAAUCAAUUCUCCGGUGAGAAUGCCGAGCGAAUGAAGAAAACGUAUGGCAAAUUCUGUGGGCAUCACAACGAGGCAGUAAAUAACUUCAAAGAUCUGUACUCAAAGGACAAGCGGUUUCAGGCAUUUGUCAAGAAAAAAAUGAGCAGCUCCCUGGUGAGGCGUCUUGGGAUUUCUGAAUGUAUCUUAUUGGUAACACAGAGAAUCACAAAGUACCCGGUCCUUUUACAAAGGAUACUGCAGUACACCAAAGAAAAUGAAGAGGAACAUGAAGACUUGACUCAGUCAUUAAACCUCGUUAAAGAUGUGAUCGCUGCAGUCAAUAGCAAAGUCAGCAAUUAUGAAAAGAAAAUGCGUCUUAGUGAGAUUUACAACCGGACGGAUAGCAAGUCCAUCAUGAGGAUGAAGAGUGGCCAGAUGUUUGCAAGAGAGGACUUGAGGCAUCGGAAGCUCAUCCGAGAUGGGCCUGUUUCACUAAAAAAUGCAGCUGGCCGGUUAAAAGAAGUCCAGGCUGUUCUCCUCUCCGACAUGCUCGUAUUCCUUCAGGAGAAGGACCAGAAGUAUGUCUUUGCCUCACUGGACCAGAAAUCUACUGUGAUCUCUCUGAAGAAGUUGAUCGUACGAGAAGUGGCUCAUGAGGAGAAGGGUUUGUUCCUGAUCAGUAUGGGUGUAAAAGAUCCUGAAAUGGUGGAAGUCCAUGCCAGCUCCAAAGAAGAGCGUAACGGCUGGAUACAGAUCAUUCAAGACACAAUGAACACCAUGGAUAAAGAUGAAGAUGAAGGAGUCCCUUGUGAGUCUGAGUUUGAAAAGAAAGUGUCAGACGCAAAAGUGAGAGGACUGAAAGAACAACUUCAGCAGAAGGAUAAGCAGAUCCUCCUCUUGCUGGAGGAGAAGUCUAAGAUCUUCCGGGACAUGGCGGACAGUUCUGCGCAGGAGGACAUGCCAGGCUCCAGGCUGCUCUUCAGGGCCAACACAGAAGAGGCACCAAAAGGAGAGGCCAUUAUGAAAACUGCAAUAAACGAAGUUGAACUGCUGCAAGAUCUAGUGAACAGGAGCCUGGGCACUGCCCUUGGACAGCAGGUCAGCAGCACUGCCAUGGAACAAGAAGGAGGAGUUGGCCCCAUCUCUCUCCCUAGAAGGGCAGAAACUUUUGGAGGAUUUGACAGUCAUCAAAUGAACGCCUCCAAGUGUGGAGCGAAAGAUGAAGGCGACGAUGCUCAGGACCUUCGGAGGACAGAGUCAGACAGCGUUUUAAAGAAGGGUGGAAAUGCUAAUCUGAUGUUCAUGUUGAAAAGGAAUAACGAGCAGGUCCUCCAAACCAUUACCAGCCUCCAUAAGCUGCUCAGUGCUUUGCAGGGCGUUGUGCUGCAGCAGGACACCUACAUUGAGGACCAGAAGCUGGCUCUGAGCGAGAGGGCUCUGACCCGAAGCUUCUUCCGGCCGACCUCGCUGCUGGAACAGGAGAAGCAGCGCAACCUGGAGAAGCAGCGCCAGGAGUUGGCCAACCUGAAGAAGCAGCAGACACAGCACCAGGAGGAGAGGCGGAGGAGGGAGAAGGAGUGGGAAGUCCGGGAGAAGGAGCUGGUGGAGCAAGAGGCCCACCUGGCCCAGCGAGAGGAGCAGGUCCAGAGAGGGUGGCAGGAUCUUGAGCGGGAGCGAGAGGAGCUGCAGGUGAAGAAGGCCUCCUACCAGCUCGACCUCGAGAGGCUUCGCACAGCACAGAAGCAGCUGGAGAGGGAGAAGGCGCAGUUCAAGCAAGACGUAGAACGAUUAGCUCAAAUGCGGCAGGAGUCUGACCACAACCAGGUUUCAAAUCCACAUGAGAAACUUGUAAGAGUCUCCUCCCAGUCCAGCACUGACGACUCCUCCAAGCAGAAGAGCCCUUCCCUUCCUAAACAAGGGCACUUUGAUGCAGAACUGUCUGUCUUCCCCAAAAGGAACAGUCUUUCAAGGACACAGAAAGAGAAAAGCACUUUCCAUUUGCUUAGCACAACAAACCAGACUAACAAGGCGGCUGAGGAACAGCCCCAGAUGCCUACCCGCCUCUUCAGUUUAGCCAAACCAAAGGAGAAGAAGGAAAAGAAGAAAAAGGGCAGGGGACAUCGCUCCCAACAGUCUGAUUCUCACUCAUCAGAAGCACCUCCAGAGGGUGAGGAGAUCUUCUGCUGAGCAUGGACAGUUCCAUCGGUCACUCUUGGCAUUGGUACAGUGGACAUCUCCCUGCCCGCUCCACAGCACGCUGCUGGUGCCUGCAUCUGACAAGCAUCUGGAGGUUUUAAAUAAAGCAUGUUAUGAAGUCUGUUAAGUGGUGGGAAAGGGCCUCUCUCCUGUGGUUUUGCGUGAAUUCUCACCGCAGAGGCUGACUGCACGGCAAAUAGUACCGUCUCUCUGUGCAAACCUUGGGUUAAAAGGAUUGGGAUAGACGUUUUCUGUCUCUUACUGCUAAAGGAUGAGAGAACAUAGCCUUAAGGGGUCUGUGCCUUCAAAUUCCCCUUUUCUGGGGAACGUAACCAAAACCAAGCAUUUAGCAAAAGAUUAGGACUCUACAAAUGGUGCGUACACACUGGCAUAUAGAGAUAUACUGUAUAUAUACAUAUAUGUAUCUAUGUAUCCACUGGGAUAUGCUUACAGUCUGUACAGCCAAGCUUAGCUCGGCCCAUGGGGAUAGAUGAUACCUGAUGACUUUCAGGGAGCGUGUAGAUAUUAAAUAUCUUGCCCUUACUGCUCCAAUUGUGACACCAUUGACUUGCACGCCCCUUUUGUGCUUGUGGUGUAUGGACUGUUUGGCUUCAGAAAGGUACCUUACACCAGGAGGCAGUAACAGCAUUCAAAACAAAAAUUCAGAGGAAAAAAAGUAAAAUUUAAAGGAAUUCUGAAAGAUUUCCAUGGGGCAAAGGAUUUAAAUGUCAAACUGUUUCCGGAAUCCAGCAGAACGUCUUUGGGUAUAUUUAAAAUGAUGCAGAAAAGAGAAAUUCAGUAGAUUUGUAAGGCAACCCCAGGGAGCCAGAACAAACAGUGUUCAAGUGGGAACAACUCUAAGCGACAAUUUUUUACACAAUCUCUUUGAGCUCCAGCUCACUCCUUCCCAUUCCCUAAGUAAAUAUAUUUAUUUUUUUUUGCCAGAAUAUAGUCUCCAGUUGCAUUUGACGUCCCUUCAUUACAAGCCUGAUGACUUACUGGAGAGAUGGCUGAAAAUCUGCUUUUAGGGACUUUUUUUUCCUGUAUGUAUUUUUCUUCCCCUACUUUUGGGGGGAGGGGGGCUUCUCUUUCUCUGGAUUUUGUCAGCUUCCUUGGCUCGUUCCUAAGGCAGAAUGAGACAACAGCAAUUCCAGAGCACUUCAGGGAGAUGUCGCAGGUCAGGGGACUGAGUGCUGUGAGCAGAGCGAACUCCAACGAGCGGCUCCUAGUUCCUAUGUCAAUACAAUACCGUGCACUUAUAACUAUUUCUAGGGAGAUAAUACAUUCUCAUGGACAGAAACGCUGUGGGACAGGUCCGUUUCCAUCGCUGUGGGCUUUAGGGUGAAAAUGUCCCUGUGUCCCUGUGCUGCCAUCAGCGGAAGGAGAAGGUCUGAGGGUGGCUCUCGCUGUGCCGACUGUGAGGUGUUUGUACAGCUGUUGAAUCCAAGGAUGUGUUCAGUGGGGGAAAAGAAAUGCAGCGAGCCAAACUUUCCUCCAAAGCGAAAAGUGUCUCCAUUAUUGUUCUUCCAAACUCUCUCAGGGGAGUUGCCUGAGCGGAUUUGUAAAUGGUUAUGAGACACUAUCAGCUUCAAAAUAGCUCAAGAGUUUGCUCAGAGUUUAAAGCUGUCAAGUGCAUUUCCUUUCCUGUCAGUUUUCUCUUUAAAAAUAUUUCUCUUCUUGCACUAUUGUUUGAUUUCAGUUUGCUCUCUGGUUUCUCACAAGCUAGUAACCCACAGCAGUCUUCAGAGUUCGGUGCCGAUGAGUAUCAGCAGCACCAGUGGUGAGGUGGAUGCUUAGACUGGUCUGCCUUGGUCCGUGCAGGAAUCCUAGACCACCUGCUUGCUUUUGAAGCUCUCUAAACUAUUAAGAAUCAAAAAAAAAAAAAGAGGUUUGAGAUUUAUUUGUAGUUUGCUUUUUAAAUAUUAUUUGGUGCUUAUUCUUAAUUGCAAGCAGGGCUUGCAAAAAAUAUUUAAUAUUGUUUAUUUGAGAGAGUUCUUUUUUUUUUAACUAAGUUUAUUAGGUUUUAUUUUUUUAUUUUUAUUUUUUAUGUUCUUACCUCCCUGGUUCCUACAGAACCAGGGUUUGGGCAGUGCUGCUUAGCAGUCCAUGCCGUGCCCAGAGUUACACAACUUCAACCGAGAGCUUUCUUUAAGGCAGAGCAUCUUUGGGCCAAAAAGUCUGGAAAAAGCAGCAGUGACUUCAGACAAGACUCCUCCUAUCAGUUAGUUUCCUCGUUUUAAAUAUUCUGCUUAGGUUUUCUCCUACCUCUUGGAGGCAAAGGAAAAAGCAAAACAUGGAGCAUCUUGCAGUGAUGUGAGGGUCCGGUUGCUUCUCUGGGGAGAUACAGGCAGGUCUCCUAAACCUGAAAGGAGCUGAAGGAGGCAUGUGCUGGUGUUGUGGUGUUACUUUUUCAUAAGAAAACCACCACUUUUAGAAAAUAACUUCUGCCUUGCUGUUCAUAUAUCUGCAAAAGUGAAUGUGCCAAGCUGAAAUUUUCGGAAACCAAAGUGGCACGUGGCUCAUUUACUGUUGUGUAAACAGAGAUCAGGUCCCCAGUGUUUCUGAAAGUUCCCCUCAGUCUGUAAGAGCCUUUGCUAGUAUGAGCUUUUCUUUUCAUCCCUCUGUCUUUUUCCCGGUUCCAACAUGCGUUGACUUCGUUACACAGGCACGUCCCAUGGCUCCGAGAAGGGCAUCAAAAGGGAGACACAUGACCCAGGGCAGCCCUGGGUCUCUGCCUGGCUUGACCAUCUCAAAUCAUCUGCAAAUCAAAAAGAGCGUUCAGUGCCCAAAGUGAAAAUAGUAUUUGCUCAGUGAUCUCAUAAGGUCCCCACAGCUCCUUGUCAAAGAAACCAUGGGCGUGAAUCUGAACUAUACCAGCUAGAAAUACUGUGUAUCAAAGCUGUUCGUGUCUUAAAUUCUGGUGAACAGACCGUUGUCCCUGGGGGAUGUAUGUUACUGCAUGAUUCACUCUUUUUGGCAUGAAGCCUUUACUCCCACACUGCUUCCUCCUCCUUUCACCUUUAGGAAGGUGAGGCCAUGUUUUUAUCUCUUUAGCCUUUUAAUUUUUUUCCCUUCUCAGGUUUUCUUUGGAAAGGCUUGGCAUAGGUCCCUAGAGUUGGAUUCCUGCUCUGAUCCCUGCAGGUUGCCUAGGGUUGUCUGAUAGAGUAUGGUCUCAGCUUUACAGCACCAAACCCUUUCCUUUUCCUGGCCUUAAAAUUGCAUUUGCUCCAGUUCCACACCUGGCAUCCAUCCUGCAGUUGCUGAAAGCAUGUUAUUUCUUCAGCCUGAUGCUUUGUGGUUCCCGGAGCCAGUCCCUUGAUGCCAUCUGGAGCACCCAAACCACUCUGUUCUGCGUCGGGUUUCUGGGACCCAGAGCAGGUUCAAAAAUGUCAUUGGAGAGAGAAGAGGACCCUGCAAGGGCUGUCAGAGCUUUUUUUUUUUUUGGUAGUGUUUGAUGGAGAGGAAGAACCAGACUUUCUUUUCUUGGACAUUUCUUAGUCUGGUGUUAAACACUGCCCAACAGAAGAGGUUUCAGUGACGGGGAAGUGGGAGCGCAGGCUCAGAUGACGUACAGAAGUGGUCAGUAUUAGCUGGGCAUGUCAGAAUACGCCAGUGGUAGAGAGUCCCUGUAGCAAGUGGUGUGAGACUCCUUGGAGCUGUGUGGGGUUGGCCUUAGCUUCUUUUAACUGAAUUGAUCAUCUCAACAUGUAAUGAUGUCAGUUUGAUGCCAUAAAGCACUUUAAAUGGAACUGGUCUUGUCCCUUUUCAUUCUGGUUACGUGGAGACAAUCAGCUUUGCCACUGCUCCCCGCUCUUCAUCCCCAGCAAAAUCCGAGCUGCAAGUAGGCAUAUUCCUGGUUUGCUUUGGCUUUACCCCGGGAGGGGAGGAAGGCCAGCUUUUUGUAUUCUUUUUAGAUCAAAGUGGGUGUGAAUCUGCAGGGACACCCUGCAGAUGGGUGAGUAGCAGGACCAGAGGAACUGGCUUCUGAUGGAUCAGGUAUAUCCCCUGGGAGAGCCCAUGCUGGUGUCACCAUCACCUUCCUCACAGCAGGUACUACUGCCGGUAGGGGAGCCGUCCCACCAGCAGUUUGCCUUCAACCUCCUUUUUCUUGGAGAAACACUGAGCAGAGGAGGUGUGGAGGGAUACAACCAAAUAAGUGAAGUGAGGCCCUUUCCGUGCACUAAGUUAUUUCUGUCCAGGCCACUGGGAGACCUCCCAGGUGCCAACCCUGGGGCAGGAGCUCUCACCACUGCUGAGGGUGGACAACUCUUCUCACUCUUGAAGUUUGACCACUGCUGAGAAGCACAGUAAUGCUAUUAGCUUGUGCAGACUUGUACUGCCUUUCAAAAGCAAGAGCACCCAUAGAGUCUGAUCAUCUUUGCACCUUCCUUGAGGCACUAGGAUAUCUCAAAGCUGGCGCUGAAAUGCCCAAAUCCAGUCCUUCCAAAUGCCACCGAGUCAGAAGAGCUUCGUAGGUGCCAAAUCCCAGGGAAGCUGUCUACAGUAGCGGUGGCACGGGGCAAGGGAGGACUGGGCGGGGAGGCCCAGGAGAGUUAUACAAGAUCCCACAAAACAUUCCUUGUUAACCAGAACUCUGGAAGUUAUUCUGCCUGCUGGCCAGGUUUGGGAAUUUAAAAAAGCUUAAAUUUUAAACUAGGUUAAAACGGUUAAACUAUGUUUAAAAUAGUUUUAAAUAAAAGAAAAAAAAACCCUCCCUUGCUGCUCAUAAUUCUUGCUUCAUUUGUCAGAAGGGGCAGCCAUCAGUGAUUCUUUGAUCUGGUGAUGCAGCUAAGUUUUGAAGAUAGGCGAGCUGAACUGGCUUAGUCUCGUACACCUUGUGCCCUUGCGUGACGGGAAGCGUAACGCUAGCUCCCUUCCCACCUGCGUUUUCAGGGCUCAGCGCCCUUUCUUUCCACACGCAUUUCACUGACACUGAUGCUUUGCCCAAAUAUAUUCCGCUUCCAUUGCUUGGGGGGUGGGGGGAACAGGACGACAUUCACUGCUUUGCAUACAGCUAUAAGCUUUGUAUGUAUUUAAGCUGUAUAUAAGUAUCCAUCCUUUCCAUGCUCUGAAGUAUUUUAUUGUUUUCUUUAUCGAUAUUAAACAUUGACUCAAAAGGAAAAAAUAAGAACCUAUGUCCAGUUCAGUUCGCCUAUGGUUAAAGUUUAGCCUGAUGUUUAUUUUGUACUAAUAUGGAAUGCACUUGAGUAAUUCCCAGAGUGUUGAGGUGUAUUACGUAUAAAAAUAAAUAAAAAUGCUUUGCAUUUUCAUGUUGAACCCGUUAAAAAAAAAAAAAAGUUGAAAAGAAGACUCUUUUUAAAAAAGGGUAAAAUCUACUUGUAUGUUGAUCUGUAAUUAUGUAAAAAACAAGCAGGUUAUUGACUGUAAAAUUCUUAACAUUUUUUGGCAAGUUAGAGAAAAAUCUUAGGUUUUGUAAUAAGCUUUUAUUUAUCGACCUUUUCAGCUACCAGCAUCAACUUCUUGUAAAUUCCUUUUCUUUUAAAUAAAUUUAUUUCUGA